AUGAAGAAGAAGAUGAAGAAAAAGAUGAUGAGGAGGAAGAUAAUGAAGAUGAUGACGUUGAUGAAGAAGACGAUGAAGAAGAAGAUGAUGACGUCGAUGAAGAUGAUGACGUUGAUGAAGAAGAAGAUGAUUAAGAUGAAGAAGAAGAAGCCAUCAGCAUUUGUUCACGGAUGGCAAGACACCUCUAUAAAGUAUUCAAAUUGGAAACCUACGUACCCAGUUUACGAGAAUGUUGGCACUUGUAUGGCAGAACUCUGUGACGAAAGAUAUUGCUUGUGCACAAAAAACGCCACACCUUUCAAGGUGUACAAUGGCAUAGCGGAUGGAAAUAGUGAGUGCGUGAAAACAAGGAGCGAUGGAUGGCAGCUGGAGGUCUACGAUGAAGCUGUCAGCGUGCUCGUUGUUGAAGGAGAUGUAGGAAACCAGAGCGUUGCUGAAAAUUUGCUCGGCUUUGUUGAAAGAACCUCAAAUGGUAGAGGACAAUGGGUCUUGAGAUCCGCUCUGAACUUCGCAAGUGAUGGAGAAAUAGUUAGAGAAGUAGGUAGAGAGUUCCAGAGAAAAGGACCAGAAAAAGCAAAAGCAGAUUUGGCAAAAGAGUGUUUAACACGAGUUAAGAAAAAGCGAGAAAAAGAAGACGAUCGUAAACCGGGGCGUUUAGGUUCAAUUAAUAUAUCUGAUAAGUACUUAGGAAAUAAUUUAGAUUGA